CAAAAACUUUUAAAUCCUAUUAUAGAUUAUAAUGUACAAAUUCUGAACCCUCAAUAAGUAUGGACGGGGAGGAGAUUAGCCAUAUGGAAGUUAGCUACAAGGUACUCCAGGAUCACAUAAAUAAGUUGACAGAAAAUCAGACGAAUAUCAUUAACAAAUUCGAAGUCCUUAACAAGAAUGUUGACGAACUCAGAAAAACUUUGGCACAGUUUUCUGAGAAGAUCGUUACGUUGGAAGAAGUGUCGACGGAUCGUAAAAAGCUUAAGAUAGAAAUCAAAAUCUUGAAGAACAGAAUAGAUGAGUUGUAUGCUAUUGUUAAAGAAGGGAAGGAAGACGAUUCCCUUCCCAGUCCUGACGCUCAAGAUGUGGAGUCUUGCCAUUCAGGCCUCUCCUGCUCUUCAAAGGUGACAAUGACCACUGGACUGGACAGGGAUACGAUACGGGCCGCCUACGAAGACGUCCGCUCUGACACUACACCGACUGAGUGGGCGGUGUUCAAAUUCGACGGCGCCCGCAUCGUGUGCUCAGCGCGCGGCUCCGACUUUACGGAGUUUCGCACCCAGUUCUCCGAUGACGAUCGUGCCUUCGGAUAUCUCAGGUUGCAAAUGGGCGAUGAGAUGUCGAAACGUAAGAAGUUCUUGUUCGUGACGUGGGUGGGGCCCAACGUGUCCGUCAUCAACCGCGCCAAGAUGUCCACCGACAAAGCCAUCAUUAAAGACAUCAUCUCUAAUUUUGCAGUGGAGUUACAAUUGGAAAAUCAAUCCGAAAUAGACAUCGAUCAAUUCAAGGACGCUCUGAAUAGGGCGGGAGGAGCAAACUACGGUACAGGGGUCAGGGAUUUAUGAAUUGCACAAUAAAAUAACCGCCUACGUUCUAAAAACAUAUCAGUACUUUGAUUUUAAGAGCCAUUCUAUCAUUUUCAUGAACAUGUAAAAUGUUAUUGAAAAAUAAUUUAGGAUAGCUAAUUAAAAUCAAAGUUAUGGUAAUUUUUGUAUUAAUUAGGCCAUCAUCGGGCCAAAACUGUUUUUCUAUAAGUAGGUACGUGCUUUUAUUUUUAAAUUUUUAUACUAGUGUGAUUCAGUUCUGCAUUGAUCAUUUUAUGCUGUUUCGAACGUAAAAAUGUCUAUUUUUUUUUUUUACAAAAUUGAUAUUCGAACUUAUAUUUUAUUUAGUGAAAUUGUAAAAUUUCUAUAAUUUAUUUUUUUAAAGUCAUUGUGCAAUUUAUACUCGUAAAUGUAACGUAAGGAUUUGCCAAAAAUCUUAAGUGAAUGUUGCCAUGUAUAGGGCGCGUUAAGUGCAUUUAUUUUUUUGUCUACCUGUAUUUUACUGUGACGAAAUUUUACAAUGUAUUGUAUACAAAAGUAUUUGGAUUUUAAACUGGCUUUUAUAUACAUUGUCUAGUGUUAUACCCAGCAUUAUUGGUAAACGAAUUGAAGUAAAUACAAUAAACAUUAACCAAGACUAUAGUUGUUUUAUUUUAUUACUGCAUGUUUCCUUCAGGACAAAUACAGAGGGCCGAAUGUAUUUUUACGAUAACUAAAAUGAAAUUGGGCACUACCCAUUCAGAAAAGUAAACCACAACAUAAUAUAUUGCUAAUUUAGAAGCUAAGAAGUAUUUUCGAAUAUACUUUUCAGUUUCCAUGCCAAAAUAAAAUUAAGAACGGUAAGCAGAGUCCACAGACAGGUUCAGUCUUCUAAAAAGCUAGGCAGGGAUGAUGGUUCAUAAAUACCCAUACAAAAACUCAAAUUUUUAAUUCAAAUACAACUUUAUUUCGAAAAAUUAAACACUUUCGCUUAUGGAAUACAGAAAAAAUUAAAUGAUUCAGUUUCGAAAUGAAUAAAAAAUCUAAAAUCUAGAUUUAUUAUUGCAUUCGAGACUAUUCGUUUACAUGUUACAAUAUAAAAAUAUUAUGGCUUAUGUUUUGGCUAUGACGAACACAUUGAACUUAUUGCUAAUAUUACAUCUUAUAGCAUUUUGUUAGAUUUAGCUUCUUAUAGUGGACUUAUCAUGCAACUGUGUAAUAUAUACUCUUAAGAAACGUGUCGGAUAGAAAUGCGACUCAAAAAGAACUGUUUUUUAUAUACUAUGGUAGUAAUGGGGUUUUUUGGUACAGGCUUCCUGUUGGAAAUAACUUUCUGUAUAAUCUAUGCACCUACGAUUCAACCGCCAGACGAGAGAGUUUGUUUUGUGUAGAGCCUCCAUAAAACCCUAGAUUUUUUACCAAUUUCACAUUGUCUGGACUUGAAAAGAGACGGACCUCUGAAUUUGUUUCGGCAUAUUUUCUCAGAGUAGUCAGAUAGGAAAUGCUGGCUUCAUCUAGCUUUUGUACAUAUAAUUUUGACGUGUAAACAUGCUGUUUUAUGGCCUUUUACAAAAAUAAAUUCAUUGUUUCAUCGUGGGCCAGAUCAUCCAAUAAGUCGUCUAAUAAGAAUCGGCAUAUACAUAGGGCUUUAUUUUACAAUUUCACCAUCACUUUCCAUCCAUUAUUUUUAAACAUAUCAAAGGUAGAUGUGCAUAUUAAAAUCUGUUAUAGUUACCACUCGCUUUUUACUUCUUAGGAGUUACACUAAAUUGAGUUAAUCCUUGCCUAUUUAUAAGGUUAACAUGACAUUAUAAAUACAAUAUUAUUGCUAGAUUACAAUGGUGUAACAAUAUAAAACAUUUGACAACUGCAACUAGGUAUAUUAAUAUUAAGUUUCUAUUACAAUUGCUAUAAGGCUUUGUGAACGUUAUUAUUAUUAUUAGUAUUUUGUAUUGGUACCUUAUUAAAAUAGUUUUUGACAACAAUAUACACAUUUUAUAGGUGAACUAGCGGCCAUGAUUUCCCUCGGAUAUCGAAUUAUCGCAAUAAGGUACCAUGGCCUCGGCCUGGAGCAGGAGAAGGAACAGGAUGGUUUUUAGUCAGUAAGAGUCUGACACUCCCUCUUGCUUCAUCCUGGGAGAGAGAAGUCAUCAUUCGAUGAUCAAUGGAUGGAGACCAUGGUUGAUGAGGCCUAUACUUCAUCAACCAUUUGGUCUUGCCGUAGUCAGCAUGAGGGUUGGUAGGUAGACAAAAAAUAUAUGAUAAUAAUCAAUUAUGACUUGCGCGAACGCCAGCAUUCGCUUGGGUUCAAAUGAAUUAAGAGAUGUAUGUUGUUAUCAAAAACGAAGUCACUUCGGACGGUAAAUAGUCUUAUUUAUUAUAAAAAUAUAUUGUCAGCAACAGGUAACUAAUGCAAUAAGUAUUAACCCCUCGAAUUGUACGAUAAUAUUGCUUUCAUUACAACUAACAUGCUUCACAAACUUGACUACUUUUGGUCUCUUUUGACAGAGAAUUGAGACUAGCCCGGCCAAAAUCACUUCAACUCCUGUGAUCUACAAUCUACAGAAGAUACAACCAUGAAAACCAUGGAAAAAAACUGGGUGGCUUGUGUAUGCGAGUUUUUAUGUUUGUAAACGCACCUACGACAUAGGAGAAAAUCCUAGUAAUGUAGGGCAAUGUUUUUUUUUUAACUGCCAACACACUGAAUGUUUCGAGUACCCACUAAAGUGUAGACUGUGAUCAACAUUUCAGCCAUUUCUUCAAUGAUAUAAAGUGACAAGUAUGUUAUGUAUAGUAGACAGCAAAAUUGAAUUGAAAUGAGGCAGCGUUAUGUUUCUUUUUGUAUUUUUAACAACCAUAUUAGUCAAGUUCUGAUAUAACUAACUAAUUUAGUAUUUUUUGCAAACCUCUUUUUAUACUCAUAUAUUAUUAUACUAUUAUUUUUAAACAUAGAUAUGAAUUAAGCUAAAACCGAAGCUAAAGCCGAGCUCCCAAAACCGCUUCAACUCCUGUAAGCCAGGAUCUAUAAGUAGAUACAACCAUGAAACACCGAAACACCGGCGUGUCCUUUAAACACGAAUCACUGUCUUGCUUAGAUCUCGCAACGAAAUAAAUUAUAAGAAAUUAUUUGAUGAUAGUGUCUAGCCUCGUCAAUUAGACAUAUGUCUUAAUGUCUCACGUAGGCCUGUAGGCCUAGGUUAGUUGGCAUUUAAAUACAUGGCCUUACUACGGCUUAAACCAACCAUAUCUAUGCUUAUAAUAAUCGUAUAAUUUUAAUACAAAUUUAUAAAAAUCAUUACUUAAUUGAUAGCCAUAAUACUUAUAAGAUUCAUAAUUACUCCUUAAGACAACAUUUGCUUUAAAACCUACCUCUUUUAACUUACACUAAUUUAAAAAAAAAGGUCUUAUUCAAACUAAAAAAAAAAAUAUGAAAAAGUCUAUUCUUCUUUGAUAUUAUCUAUGCUUGCUGUCUAUGGUUAUGGUUUGACAUUUGAAAAGAGCGGGAAAAUUAUUGUUUUUGCGUUAUUUGUUGUUUUUAACGCUUUUUUUAUACCGAUGAGGUAGGUAGAGAUAUUAUAGUUCCAUCAGGCGAUUUUAGAUUAAGACUUAGACCAUUAUACGAAAUGUAAUUAGUAUUCUUAAUAUUAUUGAAGUUGGGUGUACUUUAGAUAUUUCCUUGUUUUGUUGUCUAAAUGCUGAAUUUAAAUGUUACCUUUUCUUCUUCAGGAGUUGAUUUAUAUCUGU